UAGAAUUGCCCUUUUGUCUCUCUCUUGCCCCGACUUUGUUGUAGUUGUCAAGGCACAUACCUUUUACAUUCUUAAAAGCCUGAACAAGCCAUACUAUUUGCAGCACGCCUCUUGAGGUUUUUCUUGGGAGCAUCAAUGGCAGUUUUGGUGCUGGUUGUGGCUUGUUGUCUUGCUUUGGGGUUCUGUAUCUGCUUUGCUAUGUUGAAAUGGAAUGGGAUAAGAUAUGGUAGAAGAAAAGGCUUGCCUCCAGGGACUAUGGGUUGGCCAGUUUUUGGUGAGACUACAGAGUUUCUCAAACAUGGACCAAGUUUCAUGAAAAAGCAGAGAGCAAGGUUUGGAAGUUUAUUCAAGACUCACAUAUUGGGAUGUCCAACUAUUGUUUCCAUGGAUCCUGAGCUCAAUAGAUACAUCCUUAUGAAUGAAGGAAAAGGACUUGUUCCUGGCUACCCGCAAUCCAUGCUUGAUAUACUAGGGAAAUGCAACAUUGCAGCAGUGCAUGGUUCUGCUCACAAGCAUAUCAGAGGGUCAUUGCUGUCUCUUAUCGGCCCUCUUGUGAUCAAAGAUGAGCUGCUGCCAAAAAUUGACAAGUUUAUGAGAUCUUUCCUUUCGAACUGGAAUGAAGAAACCAUCGACAUCCAAGAAAGAACCAAUGAGAUGGCAUUGUCCAUAUCCUUCAAGCAAAUUGUUGAAAAGGAAUCAACUUCACUGUAUGAGACUUUCAAACCAGAGUUUGAUAAGUUAUUAUUAGGAACACUAUCACUGCCAAUAAACAUUCCAGGGACAAAUUACCAUCAUGGUUUCCAGGGAAGGCAAAGAAUUGUCAAGAUGUUGAAACAGAUUAUGGAGGAGAGAAGAGCCUCUUCAAUAGCCUAUGAUGACAUGCUUGACCGCCUUCUCCAUAACGAAGACUCAAAGUACAAUCUCAGCGAUGAGGAGAUAAUUGAUCAAAUCAUUACUAUAUUGUACUCAGGUUAUGAAACCGUCUCCACUACUUCAAUGAUGGCCAUCAAGUAUCUCCGUGAUCAUCCUAAAGCAUUUCAAGAACUAAGAGAAGAGCAUGUCGCUAUCCGAGAAAAGAAAAAUCCAGGAGAAGCAAUUGACUGGAAUGAUUACAAGUCUAUGAGUUUUACUCGUGCUGUAAUUUUUGAAACCUCAAGGUUAGCUACAAUUGUUAAUGGGGUGUUGAGAAAAACAACAGAAGAUAUGGUAUUAAAUGGAUUUACCAUUCCCAAAGGGUGGAGAAUAUAUGUUUAUACAAGGGAAAUUAACUAUGAUCCAUUCCUUUAUCCAGAGCCUUUAACCUUCAAUCCAUGGAGAUGGCUGGAUAAGAACUUGGAGUCUCACAAUUACUGCUUCGUAUUUGGAGGAGGCAGCAGGCUUUGUCCUGGAAAGGAAUUGGGCAUACUCCAAAUUUCUACAUUCCUUCACUAUUUUGUUACCAGUUACAGGUGGGAGGAAGCUGGUAGAAAUGAAAUCCAUCAUUUCCCUAGAGUUGAAGCACCAAAGGGACUUCACAUUAGGAUUUCAAAGUACUAAAGUUUUCUAAUAAAUAUUAGUGCAGAUAUAGCAUGGAUUUAUGAUUGAAUUAAACCAAAGUUUUCCUCGUUUAACCGAGAGUGACU